CGAGGUGGGCGGGGAGGUCAGGUGACCCGGCCGGCGUCCCAAGAUGGCGGCGGCUGCGGCGCCCGGAAGGCCGCGGCGGCGUCCAGGCUGCUAAGGCGGGCCCCACGCUGCUGGCAGCGGAUAGGCAGAACCUAGGGCCGGAGGACGGGCGGCAGCCGCCUCUGCGCGGACCGGGGCUGGGCCGUCUGGCGGCAGCGGCGCCAGGGGAUGCUCUUGCUGGGCCCGGCCUCUCCUUUCUCAACUUAGGGCGGCGGCGGGCCCGCGCCCGUGGCUCCCGGGCCAUGGCGCUGAGGGAGCUCAAAGUGUGUCUGCUCGGGGAUACAGGUGUAGGUAAAUCAAGUAUUGUGUGGCGGUUUGUGGAAGACAGUUUUGAUCCAAACAUCAACCCAACAAUAGGGGCAUCUUUUAUGACCAAGACUGUCCAGUACCAAAAUGAGCUACAUAAAUUCCUAAUCUGGGAUACAGCUGGACAAGAACGAUUUCGUGCCUUAGCACCAAUGUACUAUCGAGGGUCGGCUGCAGCUAUAAUUGUUUAUGAUAUCACAAAAGAAGAGACAUUUUCAACAUUAAAGAAUUGGGUGAAAGAGCUUCGACAGCAUGGUCCACCUAAUAUUGUAGUUGCCAUUGCAGGAAAUAAGUGUGAUCUUAUCGAUGUAAGAGAAGUCAUGGAGAGAGAUGCAAAGGACUACGCCGACUCUAUUCAUGCAAUUUUUGUAGAGACCAGCGCAAAAAACGCGAUAAACAUAAAUGAACUCUUUAUAGAAAUUAGUCGAAGAAUUCCAUCCACUGACGCCAACCCGCCAUCUGGCGGUAAGGGCUUCAAACUCCGAAGACAGCCUUCAGAGCCAAAGCGGAGCUGCUGCUGACCGAACCUCAGCCUCUCAGACUUGAUGAUGAAGUAGGUGGUCCUGAAAGUUAACAGGAGGACUGGGGUCCCUACCACCAGUUUUCAUCUAGCCAGUCUUGAGUCUUCUCCAUACAAAAAGGAUUCACGGAAAUUGACCAGUUCUGUUCUCCAAAGACUGCAGCAAUGAUAUUUUAGUCUGUGAACUUCUAUUAUGUAAAGAAUCUCUAGUGUACAAAGGGACUACAUCGUUGGCUUUUGACCUUGCUGAAAAGGAACGUAUAACUUUAUGGAUGGUAGGAUUAAGUUGUUGAGUAGUUUUGUAAUCAAGAUUUUAUGUAACAUUUGUAAAGGGAAAAUUAGCACUUUCAUGGUUCUUAAGGGAAGAAAAGACCUUGUGGAGAUUAUAAUUUCCUUGGUUUCUGUUACCACUGUUAGAGGGAGUUGUAUCGUUUAAAAUGUAGUAGGAUAGUUUAAGUGGAGGGAGGACAAUUAUUAUCUGAAGCUAAAAUGGGUUAUUUAUAGGACUGAUGGAAAUGAUUUCAUUUCUGCCAUCUCUAAAGCACUUUUCAUUGAACAUGUUAGCCUAGGAUACGUACAGUAAAUUAACAAUGAUAGCAGCAGAUGCCUAGCUCACCCUGGGUUUGCUUCUGACCUUGUCAUGGUGUGUGCCACCAAACACGUUAUUGGCACCUUUUUAAAUAAGCUCUCAUGAUCAAGAUGGUGAUGGUAGAGAAGCUGCCCAGAAUAAAUUGAAUUACAUAUGUUCUGAACUGACUAGCAAUGGUUUAAAAAGAAAGAAGAGAGGAAGUGAAGAAGGUGGUGUAAAUGCUGUCAAUUGUUUUUUAACCCAAGUAUUUUGGUGGGGAAAAGCAAGUAUCUGUUGCUUAGCAUAUGUAAAAGUUGUAGUCUAUAUUUAUGAGGCCAUUGCUUAAAGAUUAUAAAUUAUGUAAAUACAUUAAUAAAUUCUAAGUUUCAUUUGACAUUCAAUUGAAUCUUGCACCCAGUCUUGCGUAUGCCUGCCCAGUUUUCAGCCUGUUAACGGGAGACUCAGGCACAUUGGUAUUGUAUAAAGGUAUACAGUCUUUAAAGGUUACAGUCUGCCUUCCCUUCUACCCACCCGCCUUCCACCAGAUCCCAUCUGGAAAUCGUAAUGAAGACAUAUGCCACUUUGACAAACCUGACUAGUCCUUACUAGCCUGAGGGUCAAAGAUGAAGCUCCAACCCCAAGUCAUUUACCUGGUCUUGGUAAUAAGUUUCUUUUAGCUUGUACAGCAUCCUCAGACCAACUGAGGAGCUUUCCUUGUUCACAAUUUAGCUUAUCUUUUUGUUUCCUUUAUUUUUGCCUGCCUCUGUUAGUGGUUAACACUCUUUUCCCUCAGGGAGCCUAAUAAGGUUUUUAAUAUAAUCUAAAAAUAAAGCAUUGAAGUGAAGUUGGUGAAAA